GGCGGAGCGGCCGCGGUAACGGGGAGCACCAGUUUGGGAGGAAGAGCAAAGAGGCUUAAGGACAAAAACUGAUGGACCAUUACAUCUUCCAAAAUGAGCCUACUCACACUUUUCUGCUGGAGAAUAACGUGUCUUGAAGCCCCCUGCAGAAGCCAAGCACCCCACGGACCUCUGAAUUCCAGAUACCACUUUGGUGGCACCUUGGAUCUCUGGGCUUCAGCUUUUGCCAAACACCUAAUGAAUGUAUGAAAGAGAAAAAUUCAGUGCUGGGCUGUCCUGAACACCACACAUGGUGAAGCUUCAGAGAACAGCUUGGUUUAUCUGACGUGAAGAGGAGGCACAUGUGCAGUGAGCCAAGAGGACAUGGGCUUUCAGUGCACCUGCAACAAUGAUCAGGUACUGGGUCCACAUGUCGCAUUUGAGUUGUGUUGCACAAAUUCUCUAAGCCCCAGCUCGGCCCAUCUCCUUGAUGCACACUCACAGCAUCAUGGCCAGCACUCAGGAGCACCUGGGCCUGUCUUCCUCCCCAAACUCCAUGGGCAAAGCUUUCUGUGAGGACAAAGACUUGGGUCGGUUCCCCAAUGAGCACGCUUCCGCCGGGACCCACCCGUCCCCCGAGCUCAUCGAGGAAGUGCGGGACAAGGGUUUGCUGCAGGCGGAGCUGCUGGAGGGCGUGAGCAGCCCGGUCACGGCGGCCGUGCUCACCAGCAUCAGCGAGGACUCCCGGGACCAGUUCGAGAACAGCGUCCUGCAGCUGCGGGAGCAGGACGAGCCGGACACCCCCCUCCCCCAGGGCACCAGGGGCGCAGGGGACGGGGACGGCCACGGCGCGGGGGACGAUGUCAAGGUGCAGUUCAACAGGUCGGGCAGCGGCAGUGGCGGCUUCCUCGAGGGGCUCUUCGGGUGCCUCAGGCCCGUGUGGAACAUCAUAGGCAAGGCUUACUCCACGGACUACAAACUGCAGCAGCAAGAUACCUGGGAGGUGCCGUUCGAGGAGAUCUCAGAGCUGCAGUGGCUGGGCAGCGGAGCACAGGGAGCUGUAUUCCUGGGGAAGUUCCGGGCGGAGGAGGUGGCCAUCAAGAAAGUGAGGGAUCAGAACGAAACAGAUAUCAAGCACCUGAGGAAGCUCAAACAUCCCAACAUCAUCGCGUUCAAGGGGGUUUGCACUCAAGCCCCAUGCUACUGCAUCAUCAUGGAAUACUGUGCACAUGGACAGCUCUACGAGGUCCUGCGUGCAGGCAGGAAGGUCACCCCUCGCCUGCUGGUGGACUGGUCCACGGGCAUUGCUAGUGGCAUGAACUACCUGCACCUUCACAAAAUCAUCCAUCGAGACCUGAAGUCACCAAAUGUUUUAGUCACACACACAGAUGCAGUAAAAAUUUCAGAUUUCGGUACAUCUAAAGAGCUCAGUGAUAAGAGUACCAAGAUGUCCUUUGCGGGAACAGUGGCUUGGAUGGCCCCAGAGGUGAUACGGAAUGAGCCCGUCUCCGAAAAGGUGGAUAUCUGGUCAUUUGGGGUGGUUUUGUGGGAGCUGCUUACGGGAGAGAUUCCCUACAAGGAUGUGGAUUCCUCAGCCAUCAUUUGGGGAGUGGGCAGUAACAGCCUGCACCUUCCCGUCCCUUCCACCUGCCCAGAUGGCUUCAAAAUCCUCAUGAAACAAACCUGGCAGAGCAAGCCCCGGAACCGUCCCUCCUUCCGGCAGACCCUGAUGCACCUGGACAUCGCCUCUGCCGAUGUGCUGGCUACUCCUCAGGAAACCUACUUCAAAUCCCAGGCUGAAUGGAGAGAAGAAGUGAAGAAACAUUUUGAGAAAAUUAAAAGUGAAGGAACCUGUAUCCACCGGUUGGAUGAAGAAUUGAUUCGGCGCCGAAGAGAAGAGCUCAGGCACGCAUUAGAUAUCCGUGAGCACUACGAGAGGAAGCUGGAGCGGGCCAACAACCUGUACAUGGAGCUCAGUGCUAUUAUGCUGCAACUGGAGGUCCGGGAGAAGGAGCUCAUCAAGAGGGAACAAGCAGUGGAAAAGAAAUACCCUGGGACUUACAAGCGCCACCCAGUCAGACCAAUAAUCCACCCCAAUACAGUGGAGAAGCUGAUGAAGAGGAAAGGGGUCUCCCAUAAACCAGGCAGCCAGACUAAACGGCCAGACCUGCUGAAGUCAGAGGGCAUACCCAGCACAGAGGCAGCAUCCAACGGCUCCCCAGUCUCAGGAAGUCCCAAAAUGUCAACGCUGAGCGGCAAAAGCCGGUACCGCAGCAAGCCCCGGCACCGCCGGGGGAACAGCAAAGGCAGCUACCAGGAAUUUGCAGGGAUCUUGAAAAACCAGCCAGCGCAGGACGACGCACCCCCACCUCCGUCUCACAACCCCCCUCCUCACCCCGGGCUGCCGCAGCCAGGCCACGGCCAGCACUCGCGGCUGCACGCCCACGGGCAGGACAUUGCCAACUGCGCCAACAACCUGCGAUACUUCGGCCCUGCGGCCGCGCUGCGCAGCCCCCUCAGCAACCACGCCCAGCGCCGCGUGUCCGGCUCCAGCCCCGACCUCAUCUCCACCGCCAUGGAGGCCGACUGCCGCCGCGGCCUCGAGGGCAAGGAUGGCAAGGCUGAGCGCUGGGAGUGCUGCUCUGCAGACCCCUAUGACUCGUGUCUGCAGUGCAGGGAUGAGGACAGUGGGCAGGGGCAGGUGGUGCCUGCGGAGGCGGGAGGGAGCUGCCCCCAGUCCCCGGCUUCUGCUUCCCUCUACGAGAGCGCUCAGUUCGUGGAGAAGCUGGAGGAGCAGGGCACGGCAGCGUCCGCCCUGGGCACUCCCCAGCACAUGGCGUCCUCAGUGCUGCCUUGCAAAGUGAGGUCCCUUCAGAAGAGUGGUGACGACUCAUCAGAAGAGGAAGAGGGUGAAGUAGACAGUGAAGUGGAGUUUCCUCGUAGACAAAGACCCCAUCGCUGCAUCAGUAGCUGCCAGUCCUACUCGACCUUCAGCUCCGAGAACUUCUCCGUGUCUGAUGGAGAGGAGGGGAACACAAGCGACCACUCCAACAGCCCGGAUGAACUGGGCACCAAGCAGGAAGAUGAGCUGGCUGAGAAGUUGGAGGACAUGUUGUCCCAGACUCCAGAGAUCCCCAUUGAAAUCUCCAUGCAGUCGGAUGGGCUUUCAGACAAAGAGUGCGCUGUGCGGAGAGUCAAGACUCAGAUGUCUCUGGGCAAGCUUUGUGCAGAUGAACACAGCUGUGAGAACCCACCACAGUUUGGAGAAUCAGACUGUGACUCUUCUGAAGGGGAGUGUUCUGAUGCCACAGUCAGGACCAAUAAGCCCUGCAGCUCUGCUACUUGGAAGAGAAGAUGCUUCUCCUUCCCACCCCAGGAGUGAUUUGCAAUAACCCGAAUCUCUGGAAAAUGUCCAAAUGAAAUUAAUUCUCUUUGAGCAUUUCAAUCAAGAAUGGCAGGGAUGUAUUUUAUUGAAUAAUCUAGUUACUGUAACAUGGAUAUUUAUUUUUUUGACAUUUUAACACUUUUUACUGUAAAGAGUGGAUUGUAUUUAUAGACAUACAGACUUGUUGCAAAAAAAAAAAAGUUCAGAAAGCAAGCACACUACAGAGAAACAUCCUGGGAGUCCUGCCUGGACAGCUUUGUGUACAGAUGCAGGGGAUUCUCUUGCUGCUUGCACAGGGGACCAGGCCUCGUGGCCCUGAAGAUUGGAGAACAGAUCAAGAAAACUAAACCACUCAGUCUUAUCAAAAGAGGAAAAGCAGAAAACAACCUGACUGUAGGGUGACCUGUGAACAAAGCAUUUUCAGUAUAACCAGCUGAGUCAUUUUUAAUCAGAAGGUGGACAAGUUCCUGGAGCAAACUGGUACUGAGGUGCUAACAUCCAGGGUCUUCUGAGUCAAUACAUCCCCAGGAAUGUAAUAGCGGGUUUUAUUUUAAGGAUUUUUAGUUUCUUUUUUUAAUCAGCAUUUUGUUGUGAGAUCCUGCAAAUGUACUCUAACCUCAUCCUCUCGAGAAUUGGUAUCAGAGCACUUCUUAACACCGUCCUUGCUUCACUGUGGCAGUGUUGACCUCCAGUUGAGCAGGGAGACCUCUUUCAGAUGCAGUGUGCCAUUUCCCAGUUUACUUCCUCCUCUUACCUCCUGUCUGUUUCAGUCAGUCAAAGAAAUCAAUCCAAUCAGUGUUGGCAAAGCAAGGACUUGCAAAGCAUGGAAAGCACAUUUCUCAGAGCCUGAGCCCUUCUGGGGAGGACACUGGAGAUGCCUGGACUGGACUGGGAGAAGCAGCCUCUCACCUACAGCAGCAUUGAUAACCAGCAGAGAGCUGUGUGUUGAGGGAGAAGACUGGGAAUCACUGGCCUGGCUCAGAGCAUCAGUCCUGCUCUGUCUCCUGAUUCACUGUACAUUCUUGGAAGCAUUAGCAGCUGCCUGCCCUUCACAUCAGGCUUUGUGCAAAACAGGUUGCACAGGGAAUUUGACAGUGGCUGUGGCACAGCUGUGUCUCGGGUGUGCCCCGAGGCCUCUGUUUCUCCUCCAAGCUGAAACUCUGCAGGUCAAAGUGAGGAUAGUACUGGUACGUGACAGGCCGAGGCAUUGGCAGAUGAGAAAAAUUUGUUUUCUGAUAGAACUCAUAGUGCCUUCCCUUCAAACACUACUCUUCUAAAACGAUGUUGAAAGAGAACAAAACGAUAGAGCACGUUUCCCCCCCUUCCUUAGGUAAUGUCCCCCCUGCAAGAGCUCUCCCUCUGCCCUUCCCAGUGUGCUGGCAUGGCCAGCCUGAGGUGAAUGGCAGGAAUGGACCAUGGACAGGUACUUCUGUUGCUUUGUUUGUUUACAUUUUAUGUUAAAAUAUUGGUUUGAAUUUAACUGUGGUAAUUUAUAGCCUCAUGGCAAAGUGAAGGAAAAUGUCUUACCUAUACAGAGAGCAGUAUUGUAUGAGUUAAAUUAUCCCAUAUUUUUAAAUUUUUGUAGCUGGACUACAGACUUAAGUUAUGAUGUUAUUUUAUUAUUUAUUAUCAUUUCUGUAGAUCAGAAGGUUGGCUUCACCGCUCGCACAAUUGUAAUCUGUUUGUGUGAUGUUACCUUCUCCCUGGUCACUGGGGGGGGUGGGAGCAGAGCUGGGCUCAGUGGCUGUCAGGAGUUGCUGCCUCUCGUGAUUUCCAGGGAUGCUGUUACUCCAGGAGAGAGCACAGAGAGGGAUGGAUGGCUGCAGUCAUCCCUGUGUGAGGUUCCUUAUGGGCAGUUUGCUCACGUUGCUGGUAGUUGGCAGCCCCUGAACUGGUGGGAGUGGUGAUCAGGGAGCGAGUGGCUUUUGAACUGACCACAAAAUGAGUAACUGUGACAGGAUCCCCUGGCAAGAGCAUCCCAAACGACUUUGCUCCAGGCAGCGGGUACGAGAUCAGGGUGGCCAGCAGUGGAUCCAUAUGGUGGAUCACCCUGGCAGGACCAAACACUCUGCUGGAGAGGGAGCGACCUGCUCACCCUACCCUCAGCAGCAAGGCUGGUUCUGGGGGGAGGCACAAUGCCCUGGGGAGUGAAGCUCUUUCCUGGCUCCUUUCUUGUUUCCUCUCCCUUCCCCUCCCUCGUUUCUCCUCCCAGAUGUUUGCUGUGAGGUGAUUGGUGUGAGAGGGAUUUGGUGUGGCAGAGGCGGUGCUGGAGGCUGAGGGGUGGGAAUUUAGCAGUGGGAGAACUGUGUGCAGGUAACAUACUAUGGUGUAAAGAGAGGUUGAGAACUGCCAUCGGGUGUCCCCCAGCAGAGGAUGGAAGGCCUGUGCCCCUGAGGACACUCUGCUCAGAGCUGGCAGGCUCCCUGAUCCUGGUGUCCUUGGGCAGCCCCACACAACAGAGCCCCAAAGCAGAGCUGCCUCUGGCUCAGGCCUGUCGGUCUCUGCAGGGCCUCCAGCCUGUGACGAUUCAGUCCCAGACAAGCAGAUCCCAGAGGGUUUUGGCUACCUGUGGUCUCUGCUUAGGCUCCACCAUGGGAUGAAGCUCCUCUGGGCUCACAGAGAAGCUUUGGGGGGUGGGAUUUUGGGACCCUUCUGGGCCUGCUGUCCUGGCUGUGUGCUGAUCCUGGCCUGUUCUGCAGCCUGGACAAGCAGAGCUGAACCCUCCAGGCUGCCACAUUUAGCUCCAGUUUCCUCACACGCCCGAGUCAUUGCACUGUUAUGGUCCAGUGUCACUCCUCUUACCUGCUGCCUCCAACACAGCAUCCCUCUGGAAAUGCCACUAGGGCAGCCCCCCUCGCCCCAGUCCGUGGAGGUGCCACCCCAGCCUCCCCCUGCACACACAUCUCGUGCGCUCAGCUGUGCGCGGGCAGGGCCAUCUCAGCACCGCCCUCAUUCCCGGGAACACUGUCUGUUCUGCAGGGUGUUAGGUGGGAUUUCCUUAAGGGAACCUCCCUGGAAUGGCACAGAUGUGACCUCCACAGCGCUGUAUGGAUGCCUGUGCUGCAGCUCCUCACACUUUCCCUCCCAGCAGGGUCUGGGAGGUGUAGUGGACCUGCUUCCUCCUUGUAGUAACACCGCGCUCGCAGGGCAGGAGUAACCCGUGGGUUCCCUUUCCGGCACCCCAAGUUCCCUGAUCCAGUUCUCAUGGCUGCUGACAGCUCCUGAACACUAGCCUAGAUUUCCUCCCAGAGCUGAAUGUUACCCUCCCCACUGUCGUGUUAAGUACCCAUUUCAUCUUGGCCCUGUCCAGUAGUGUUCAUCCCCUCCUUGCUCUGUGGAUUCCUGAAACAAACUUGAUUUUUUUUUUUUUUUUUUGUAUUGACCAGUGUACAGUGAUGGAAACAAGAAUGACUAUCAAAGCAAACAAUGCAUGGAAUAAAAAGCCAGUGUACUUCAA